CAUCCUCUUUCUCAAACAUGGCGGAUCAGCCGUUCAGCGUUGAACUAUUCUCCGUUUGAAGCGUAAUUAUUUCUGGGAAUUUCAAGUUCUCUUGAUUUUUUUCAAGGUCAAUAAAAUCUUUUUAACUUUUUCAGACCUAUGUAAUUGCAUAAAACUUCGUCUAUCUAUUAGUUUUCAUUAUAUUCUGAUCCUGGUACUUUAAGUGGCGGAAGAGGUAUUUAAACUGAACUUAAAGUCAAUGUUUUGAUUGGAAUAAACUGAAUUAUGAAGAACUUCGGGAUCAAUCAGAUCUCCUUUGCGUCCUAGAUCCCUGGGAAGGAUGCAGGAAUGGUCGGAGACCACGUGCCAGUACUUUCUUUAGAAGUUUUGUUGAGAAAUCCUGCCUUAAACUGAAUCUCUAGUAAUGAAAGGGGGAGCUGCGGGUAGUUCCUCUGGAUCUGAGGACAAUGGAUCCUCAUCAGGUUCUGGAUCCGGUUCUGAAUCCUCCGGCUCGAGUAGCCUCGGCGGAGAUCAGGUGCCGGUUAGCCGGAAACCAGGUGGAUCCUCCAAACCGGAUUGGCAGGCGGACCCUGAACUGUAUGGUAUCCGUCAAUCCGGGAGAUCAAAGAAGGAGCCUGAGAGAUAUAUUCCUGCCAGUAGCGACUCCGAUGAUGGUUCUAAAAAGAAACGAAGGAAAAAAUCUUCAAGUGCUGCAGAGGGGUUCUCCGAAUCUGAAUCUGAGUGGGACGAUGAAGAUGGUCCUCGACCUAAAGCUGGACGAAAAGCUAGUGCUCGGAAACCUACGAGGACGAACAAGCCUAAGCCUAAAAAGAAGAAAGUAAGUUCUGACGAAGAGAGUGAGUCUGAAUACGACUAUUAUCGUCAGAGUGACCGUAGUCGAGCCGGAGCCACUGAUAAACCUAGCUACGUUGUUCCGGACACUGACGAGGAUGUGGACGAGGAUACGGUACAGUCCUGGACUAUCGAAGGAGAGGAGGAGACCUCUGAUCUUGUUACUGUUGACAAGGUUCUGGAUAGUAGGCAGGGUAUCCCUGGUGCUACUGGACCAGCAACUACGGUUUACAGUGUUAAACAGAACGGAGAUCCGAACGAGAACUGUGACACGAGUAGAGAUGAUCUUGAACGACAAUAUCUUAUCAAAUGGAAGGGAUAUUCACACUUACACAACACCUGGGAAUCGGACGAUUCAUUAGAAAAAAUGUCGGCUAAAGGACUGAAAAAGAUCGAUAAUUACAUGAAAAAACAGCAAGAAAUCUCCCAAUGGAAAAAAUAUUCUAAUCCUGAUGACGUGGAGUACAUGGAGUGCCAGAUGGAGAUGGAGCAGGAGAUGUUGAAAAGUUACACCACAGUGGAGAGGAUCGUAGACCGACAGAUGUCGGAUGGAGACGCUGAGUUUCCUGAUUACUACGUGAAGUGGAAAAACCUACCUUACUCCGACGCCACCUGGGAAAGUGGAAAGUUGAUCGAGGAUGAUAACCAGGAGCUGAUCCGACAAUACAAGAUGAGAGAGGAGAGUAGAUACACGCCCAGUAAAACUAACAGAGUUCUCAAGCAUCGUCCCAAGUUCAUUCGGGAGGAAGAGCAACCUGAGUUUAUUGGAGAUGAAACUCGUAGGCUCAGGGAUUACCAGCUCCAGGGUUUAAACUGGCUAAACCACUCUUGGACUAGAUAUAAUUCUGUGAUAUUGGCGGAUGAGAUGGGUUUGGGUAAAACUAUUCAGACAAUCUCGUUCCUUUACUACCUUUUCCACAAAUACCAGUUGUAUGGUCCGUUCCUGGUUGUAGUCCCCCUUUCUACUCUGGAUAAUUGGCAAAAUGAGUUUGUAAAGUGGGCUCCGGAUAUGAAUGUUCUCACUUAUAUUGGCGAUGUAACCUCCAGAACUAUAAUAAGAUCUCGUGAGUGGAUUCAUCCAGGGAAUAAGAGAACUAAAUUUAAUGCGCUUCUCACCACAUACGAGAUCCUGCUCAAGGAUAAGGUUGAACUUAAUUCUCUCUCCUGGGCCGUCUUGGCCGUAGACGAAGCUCAUAGGCUAAAAAACGAGUCUUCUCUUCUGUAUCAAACCUUGGUGACGUUUGAUGCUAAUCAUAAACUUCUGAUCACAGGAACUCCUCUACAGAACUCAAUGAAGGAACUCUGGGCACUCCUUCACUUUAUCAUGCCUUUAAAGUUUGAUAAUUGGGAUGAAUUCAACGAAGAGCACGGCGGAAGAACGGCGGAGAGAAGAGGUUAUACGAAACUACACAAAAUCCUUGAACCUUUCAUUCUACGCCGUGUCAAAAAAGACGUUGAGAAAGAUCUUCCCUCGAAGGUUGAACAGAUACUUCGUGUUGAUAUGUCCCGGUUACAGAAACAGUACUAUAAAUACAUUCUUACUAAAAACUAUUCUGCUCUGAUGCGUGGUAACAAAGCGUCCACGGUUAGUUUUGUCAAUAUUGUUGUUGAAUUAAAGAAAUGUUGUAAUCAUGGAUUCCUGACCAAACCUCCUGAUGAGCGUGAAUCAGGUGGGACAAGGGAGGAGAGAAUGCAGAAAUUGCUUCGAGGAAGCGGGAAACUUUUACUUCUUGAUAAACUUCUGGUCAGGUUAAAGGAGACAGGACACAGGGUUCUUAUAUUCUCCCAGAUGGUCCGUAUGCUUGAUAUUCUUGUGGAUUAUCUAGAACUUAGAAGAUUUCAGUUUCAAAGACUAGAUGGAGGAAUCAAGGGUGAGUUGAGAAAAAACGCCAUCGAACAUUUUAAUGCUCCUGGUUCUACUGAUUUUUGCUUUCUCUUGUCUACCCGGGCAGGAGGCCUAGGAAUUAAUCUAGCAACAGCAGAUACGGUCAUUAUCUUCGACAGCGACUGGAAUCCUCAGAACGAUUUGCAAGCUCAGGCUCGAGCACACAGGAUAGGACAGAAGGAGCAAGUGAAUGUGUACAGGUUGGUCACCAAGUCAAGUGUAGAAGAGGAGAUCAUAGAACGGGCCAAGAAGAAGAUGGUUCUGGAUCAUCUUGUCAUUCAGAGAAUGGACACAACGGGUAGAACGAUAUUUAAGACGGGAACUGCGGAAAAGCAAGGACAACCAUUUAGCAAGGACGAACUCAACGCUAUUCUCAAGUUCGGAGCUGAGGAGCUGUUUAAAGAAGAUGACGAGAAGGAAGGGGACGAACUUGUCUGUGAUAUCGAUGAAAUAUUGAAGAGAGCUGAGACUAGGACGGAUGAACCGAUGGAGGAUGAAGACGGACUCAUGUCGGCCUUUAAGGUAGCAAGUCUUGCAGUAGACGAGGACGAAGCUAUUGAGAGUGCAUCAUCAACGAAAGAAGGAGGAAUUCAGAAACUGUGGGAUCAGAUUAUCCCUGAAUCCUAUAGAACUGAACUUGAGGAGGAAGAACAGCAGAAGGAACUGAAGGAUCUUUACCUAGGCCCAAGACAGAGGAAACCUGUUCACGGAGGGGAAAAUAAAGAGAAUGAGAAUAAACGAAAGGGAACAGAAAGUGAUAGCGAUGAAGAUGACGACCCUGAAACUCCGCCCAAGAAGAAAAGGAAAACAGAGUCCGUUAAGGGAUUCAACGACACUGAGAUCCGUCGGUUCAUCAAAUCCUACAAGAAGUUUCCUCUGCCUUUGACAAGAAUGGAGGAUAUCGCCUUGGAUGCUGAUUUGACUGAGAAACCAAUCCAUCAGCUUGUUGAGCUAGGGAGACAUCUUCAUGAUACCUGUGAAACUGCACUAAAAAAGGAAACUGACUCCAAGAAAGUUUCCUCGGUGAAAGUAGGAAAAGUGGCUGUGAAUGCUAAAACUUUAAUUGAAACUGAACAAUUACUUAGAUCUUUAGGAAAACUUUUACCGACAGAGAAGAGUCGACGCUUGAAAUGGAUGUUGGAUUCUCCGGUGAAAGAUGCACAUUUCGACGUAGACUGGAGCGCAGAGGAUGAUAGCAAACUACUGGUAGGAAUCUACGAACAUGGAUUGGGUAGUUGGGAACAGAUAAAAGCCGACAAAGAUUUGAAUCUGGAAGGAAAAAUACUUCUCAAUGCCAGCUGCAAACCACAAAUCAAACAUUUGGACGUUCGAGCUUCGUAUCUUCUCCGGGUCCUAUCAAGACUAGAGGGGAAAACGAAAUCCAAGAAACCUGGUAGAUUAAAGAUCAAGAAGGUAGAGGAACCUGGAAACAAGGAGUACAAGUCCAAGGAGAUUGUCGAGGACGAUGAUAGUUCUGAAAAUGAAGAUAAAUCUGAGAAGAAGAAAGAGAAGAAAAAGAAAUCCCUUCCUGCCCCUGUACACUUCGGUAGCAACGAACCUGUGAUAAUGGGAGAACUAGAUCCUGCAGUGUUUAAACAAUGUAAGGAGAAAAUGAGGGAUGUUAAGAAGUCUCUGAAAGCUCUAGAUAGACCAGAUCCAGAGCUGUCGCAGAAUGAUCAGGUUAUCCAGACUAGACAGUGCUUAAUCAAGAUUGGAACUCAUAUAGACUCAAUCUUAGCGGAGAUGAAGGAGGAAAAAGCGAGAGAAUGGAGAAGCAAUUUGUGGUAUUUUGUGUCCAAGUUCACCGAGUUUGACGCUAAGAAGUUGUUCAAGUUGUACAGGCAUGCGAAGAAGAAGGAAGGGAAGAGAGACGAGGAUGGAAAGGUUAAAGAGAAGAAGAAGAAAAAGCAUAAGGAGAAAGUUGUGAAGGAAUCCCGUGGUUCUGUGGAAAGGACUGAAAGAGUACCUGGAGAUAAACCGGAUAAAUCUGGAAGUAGAAAAGAUAAUGGUAGAGCUAGUGGAUCUAGUUCUGUAAACGGACAAAGUUCUAACGGUCAACCGUCUCAUACUUAUGAUAAAAGUUAUGACAAGGGAAGAGGCUAUAAUAACGACCGUCAAAGCUAUGGCCAAUCUUUUAAGAACCGGCCUGACGGUCAUAGACCAGAGGGAGUUCGGAGAGAGAAUGACAGUUACAGUGGUGCUGAUGGACAUAGAGGAGGACGAGGAGGCUGGGGAGGCAACUAUCAUGGAGGACGGGACCGGGACAGAGGUUAUGGAGGAUUUGGGAGGUAUAACAAUCGCAGAGAUUCUUUCGGAAACGGAGGCUACAGAGGAGGUGGUCACCAGGGCUGGAGGCAGGAUCGGAGGCAGGAUUUUGACGGGCAUAGGGAUAAGUAUGAUAGUAGGGAUGGACAUGAGGGUAGAGAGGGAUAUGAAGAUUAUCGAAGCAGGGAUGGAUAUGAGGGGAGUAAGGACGGGUUUCCUCCGAAUCGUGAUUUGGAGAACAGCAGAGAUUAUGAUGGGGUUGAGGUUAGAGACGCCCAGGAUGCCUAGUUUUCUACAAAGAUGUUGCUUAGUUCACUGCGGACUGUGCUCGAGCUGUGAAACCUUGUGUUACCAAGGUUAUAAACAGAUGUAAUUUUGCUCCUAUUGUCGAUAUAAUAUACAUUCACAUUCAUUCUGUCAUACAAGUUGUUAUAUUUCUCGAGUAAUUAUAUCAUGUUAAACAUAA